GGACGAGCUUCAGUCCAAUGAGCCGCGGCCAUCUGUGCAGGAACAGCAGAGCUCCGGGAUCCUGCUGCCCAGUUUCGUCUCCUUCUGUGUCUUUUCUCCGAUUUUAGGGCUCCGAAUCAAACUAAAACACAAAGAUCUUCACCGAAACAUCUCAGAAGGUGCGAAUAUGAGGAUCGCCGUUGCAGUUUUCACCUUACUCGCGGCUGCUAAUGCGACUGUGUUCUUCAAAGAGCAGUUUCUGGACGGAGAUGGAUGGAAGAGUCGAUGGGCUGAAUCCAAACACAAAUCAGACUACGGUCAGUGGAAACUUUCUGCAGGGAAGUUCUACGGCGAUGCUGAACUGGACAAAGGUCUUCAGACGAGCCAGGACGCCCGCUUCUACGCCCUGUCCAGUCGGUUUGAGCCCUUCAGCAAUGAAGGUAAAGAUCUAGUGAUCCAGUUCACGGUGAAGCACGAGCAGAAGAUUGACUGUGGUGGCGGAUAUGUGAAAGUCUUCCCUGCUGACCUGGACCAGGCCGAAAUGCACGGAGACUCCCAGUAUUACGUCAUGUUUGGCCCGGACAUCUGUGGCUACAGCACCAAGAAAGUGCACGUUAUUUUCAACUACAAGGGCCAGAACCAUCUGAUCAAGAAAGACAUCCGAUGCAAAGACGAUGAGCACACACACCUGUACACCCUCAUCCUCCAUCCUGAUCAGACAUACGAGGUCAAAAUUAACAAUGAGAAAGUGGAAUCCGGCUCUCUGGAGGAAGACUGGGACUUCCUUCCUCCGAAAAAGAUCAAAGAUCCCGAAGCCAAGAAGCCAGAGGACUGGGACGACCGCGCAAAAAUCGAUGACCCCGAGGACACAAAGCCAGAGGACUGGGAUAAACCAGAGAACAUUCCCGAUCCUGAUGCCAAGAAGCCCGAUGACUGGGAUGAAGACAUGGAUGGAGAGUGGGAGCCACCUAUGAUUCCUAACCCGGAGUAUAAGGGUGAAUGGAAACCCAAACAGAUUGACAACCCCAACUACAAAGGAGCGUGGGUGCAUCCCGAGAUCGAUAACCCUGAAUACACACCAGACGAUUCCAUUUACAAAUACGAUAACAUUGGUGUUAUCGGAUUAGAUCUGUGGCAGGUAAAAUCUGGUACCAUUUUUGACAACUUCCUGAUCACUGAUGACGUGAAGGAGGCAGAAGAGUUUGGGAAAGAGACGUGGGGAGCCACCAAGGGCCCAGAGAAGAAAAUGAAGGAGAAGCAGGAAGAGGAGGAGAGGAAAAAGAGGGAAGAGGAGGACAAGAGCAAGAAGGAUGAAGACGACGAUAACGAGGAAGAAGAUGAGGAGCCGGAGGACGAGCAGGAAGAGGACGAGGAGGAAACCACGGAGGAGCCCAGCCCAGCGGAGGAGGACGACGAGAACGACGAUGACAAACCUACUAAAGAUGAACUGUAGACACAGCUGGAGCGCCUGAGUGUGGCUCCAUACAAUCCUCAGUCUUAGGAGAACCUACUGAUCCUCACCCGCUGAGCAGAGCUUCUUCUGUGGGGCUUUUACUGCAGGCCUGGGACAGUAGAGUAAGGGUGUGUUGUGCUCUGAUUUCUGUGCAUUUUGUUUUAUGUGGUGAGAUUUUUUUUUUUGUUUUGUUUUCCACCCCUUUUUUGUUCCAAUCAUAACUUAAUUUUUAUGCGUCAUUCGGUGUGUCCUGGAUUCUGUUGCUGCUAUCUGGCUCCUCCGCUCACCUUGAAAGUCAAUUGUAAAAGUAAAAUUAACAGGUGUUUUGAUUAUCAUCUUCAAAAAGUCUUGAGAGGAAAAAUGACGAGUAUCAUUUUUAGGUUAUUUGCACUUUUUU